CACCGGGUAUUGGUGUAAUCUCACGGUCUCGGGCCUGGAGGUGAAGGCAGCUUCUGUCGCCUGGGGAGAAAAGACAUGUUAGCAACUGUGACCUCUUCUUCUCCCUUUUUGGAGUUGGGCAUCCAUUAUCGUAACUCGAGAGUAGCAAAAAGCCAGCACUCAAGGUCGCGAUAGGAAUAAUAUGACGUGGUGGGGGUAGAGUUUGGGACUUACCAUUUUUGCGGUUGUGUAUGUGUAAUGUGAUAAAAACGGGAAAAAGAACAAGGUCCAAUUUGAAGAUCAGAUAAAGGUUCGAGCAAUAGAGAUCAAAUGAUCUAUAGGAUUGUAACGGGAGGAAUAGAGGGAUGGGAUGUGGAAAAGUAAAGAGCAGGUACGAUAAGAGCAGUCGAAGCGGGCGGUUGAGGGUUUUAUGUUUUCCUCUGCCCGUCGUCUGGCAAGGAAGGUAGGCGCGGGCGCUGGUGGGAGAGGCAGUGAGAGAGUGAGAGAAUGAGAGAGGCAGUUCGCUUGAUGCUUUUUUUUCUUUUGCUGGUGCUGGCAGCAAUCUGCAAGGUACCGUCGAGAUACCUCAGAUGUUUCGCAGAUGACCGGCCCUGUUGGCGAGGAAAGCUCAUGUGCAACCGGUACAGAACCGUAACUUUUGGCUCCCGUCUAGGUCUCUCGAGGUCUCUCGAGGGUCCCUCUUUGGUCCUUCAGCCCAAGAUAAGGCCUGCCACUGCCUGUCCAUGACGGCGGCAGGGGUAUGGCUGGUUCUGGCUUCUGGUAUCGAUUGCGGUGGGG